GCACGGCCGGCUGACUGACAGCUCCCGCGGCUGUCGCCUCGGAAGGACCCGGCUCGCAGGCCCGCGCAGUGGCCGCAGCGCGGAGCCCGGAGGCGCCCGCUCGCUCCCCGGUCCGACCGGUCGGCCGGCGCCCGCCGCGGUGUGCACUUCGUAAAGACUGGGUCUGCGAACUCCUCUGGGCCCCUAACACGGAAAACAGAUGCCUUAGGGCGCGAGAGCCGCCCCAGAGGACGCCUGGUGGCCGGCAGCGCCCGAGCAGCUCCUGUGCGUGGCCUCCAGCUCCCACUGACGCCCCCGGGAACGCGGUCCGCCGGCCCUCCCGCCUGGAAUCCCCCCCAAACCAUGGAGGCCCCGGAGGUGCCCGUGGGCGCGCUGCUUGACUUCGGGACUGAGCCAGCCGCGCCCUCGCCCCUGGAGGCGUUGCCUCCGAAGCUGCAGGAUGGGGACAGCUCGCAGGGCGACGGGGCUUCGGAGAGCGAGACCACGGAGUCCGCGGACAGCGAGAAUGACAUGGGCGAGUUGCCCCCACACCCGUCCUGGGACCGGUACCGCCGCUCCUCCUCCAACGAGUCCUUCUCUUCCAACCAGAGCGCCGAGUCGGCCGAGGACGAGGAGACCCAGGAGCUCCGGGAAUUCAUGCGCGGCUACGUGGACAAGAUCUUCUCUGGCAGGGAGGACUUGGACCAGGAGGAGAAAGCCAAGUUUGGGGAGUACUGUAGCAGUGAGAACGGAAAAGGCCGGGAGUGGUUUGCUCGAUACGUGAGCGCCCAGCGCUGCAAUACCAAGUGCGUCUCGGAGGCGACCUUCUACCGCCUGGUGCAGUCUUUCGCCGUCGUCCUGUUCGAGUGCCACCAGAUGGACGACUUCGGGCCUGCCAAGAACCUCAUGACCAUGUGCUUCACCUACUACCACAUCGGCAAGCCGCAGCUGCUGCCCCCCGAGUCCAAGGAGAAACCCGCGGGGAGCAUCGACUCCUACCUCAAGUCCGCCAACAGCUGGCUGGCAGAGAAGAAGGACAUCGCCGAGCGGCUGCUGAAGAACACGUCGGCCAAGACGGAGAACGUCAAGGGCUUCUUCGGGGGGCUGGAGACCAAGCUGAAGGGACCCCUGGUCAGGAAACAAGAGGAGGAGGAGAGCAAGCCCAAGGAGAAGCCGCAGAAGACCGUGACCGUGUGCAGCCCGGAGGAAGAGAGGAAGGGGGAAAAGAUCUACCUGUACACGCACCUGAAGCAGCAGCCCAUCUGGCACACGCUGAGGUUCUGGAACGCGGCUUUCUUUGACGCUGUGCACUGUGAGAGGAGAAAACGGUCUCCCACCACCAGAAUGAAACCAUCGGGACCCCCCCAGGCUCCACUCUGCCUGUCGCUAGGGGAUGCUGGAGAGGAGGAGAAGAAGAGGGAGAAGUGGUGCCACAUGACCCAGGAGGAGAGAAACGACAGCCUGCGCUUCAACGAGAACAUCACCUUCGGGCAGCUGGGCACGUUCACUCACAACAUGCUGGCGUUCGGACUGAACCAGAAGCUGUGCAGCGACUUCCUGAAGAAGCAGGCGGUGAUCGGCAAUCUGGACGAGGAGCAGUACAAGCUGCUGAGCGACCACAUCGAGCAGAUGACCGCUGAGUAGGCCACGGGAGGUCGCCCGAGGCACCCCCCCAGGAGGACUGAGGGUACCCGCCACUCUCCUAGGCCAGCGACUGGCUGUCACCCCACCCGAUGACCCUGCAUGACAUCAGCAGCACCCAGAGCCACUCCACGCUGCUCUAGAACUAGCAGUUAGAAGAAUCUGGUUGCCCGACCUCCCCACCCACCCUCUGCCUUGAAUGCUCCCCCCAUCCACAUGCCAAAGCGUCCCUGGGGUUACAUGGCUAAAACCAAGGUGACUGUCCGUACUCCUGAGUGUCAGGCCUGUGACAUAGGACCAAGCGGACGAGCAGGAGAGAGAGAGGGUGGGGUGCACAUGCGGAUGCAGAGAAGGACAUCACGAGCUGGCCAGUGACCCCGGGCAGUCACUGGCGACCAUCUGGGAGCCUUUUCUUCAGCAGUGGAACGGAGUAGGGCGUGCUCCCACAGUAGGGGGGGAGGCCGAGGGGGCCGUGGGUGUCUCAGGGCGGGCCAGGUGGGUCUGGGGCUCCCGCCGCCUCUCUGUCGGGUCCCCACCGUGUGACGGGAACUGGAGUCACAGGAAGCUAGCUCCAGGAGGAAAGACACCCUUCCUGUUUUAGGGAGGGAGGGAGAGCGGUGCAAGGACCUUCUUCCCUGGCUGUGGGCACCCUGGGGACCUCGCAGGCUCUGCGCGGCUGUGUUAGAGCCACAUCAGCACGGACGUGUCUGCAGCGUGCCUGCUCGGCCGACGGCUUCCUUCUGAAGCAGAGAAGGUUCUGCCGCUCGCUCCCUGGGGGAAGCAUGGGCUGUGUGU